AUGCUGCCGGCGCUUCAGCUGCUGCCCCGGAAGCACCGGGGCGCGCUGGGCGCCGUGGCCCAGCUGCGGCGCCUGGCGCCCGGGGAGAUGCUGGCAGGAGAGGGCAAUUUCAUGCUGAUCCUCACCGGCACCGUGGGCCGCUUGCAAAAGCUCGACAAGGCCAGGGGUGCGCUGCCACCCGCGCUGCUGCAGGGCCUUCCGAAGGCAGUAGGCGUGUUCCGGCGACUGCAGAUCCCCAUCACGCAGCAGGCGGAGGCGUGGUUGGAGCACCUGGCCCGCGACACCUCCACGGAGCCGCUCGCGCCGGAGCAGCGCAAGCUGGCGGCGGCAUUGCUGCAGGUGGCGCUGCGCCGAUUGCAGGAGCUGCGCAUCCCGGGCAGGGACAACUCGACGCGGCGGUUUCUGAGCAGCACGUUGCUGGACAAGACCUUCCUGGGGGACAGGGCUCCCUGGCUGGAGAAGGAGCGCAUGGUGCGCCCUUUGCGAGGACAGAUUGCGCUGGCUCUCGAGCUCAGUCAGCCCGAGGUCUACGUGGACGUCUUGGAUGCGGGCGAGCUUCAAGAGGUCUUCAGGCCAGGAGACCGGAUCAUGGGCGACAAUCUGGCUGCCCUGGAGUGGGCAGACAUCCUGGUGCUGGACCCCUCGGCGGUGAUGUUGGAGCUUGAGGAUUGCCGCGCACCGGUACCUGCACUACCGAGCCACCCCUCAGGUGCCAAGGAGUUCUUCCAACUGAGCCAGCUCCUGCGGGACCACGAGGCCUUCGAGGCUUUGGAGAGCCGGCGCCUGCGGGAGAUCUGCCGGCGGCCGAUCCAACGGUGCCGCAAGGGGGAGGUUCUUUGCCGGGAGGGGGAGUCGGCCUCGGGAUUCUUCCAGAUCCUAUCAGGCACCUGCGCGUCUUCGCGGCGCGGCGCGCCGCUGCUGCAGCUCCGCGAGGGCAGCGCAGUGGGCGAGGACGUGCUGCUGGGCUUGGAGGAGACGUGGCGCUUCUCCGUGGUGGCGCAGAGUGACCUGGAGCUGCUGUGGGUGGACGCCAAAGACUUCAAGGAGGUUUUUGGGCAAGCCUUCGAGGGCACCUUUCGAACGGUGUCGCGCCGGCGCGAUUUGGUCUCCGAGCUUUGCCUGCCAGUGGCCGUGUUGCCUGACGGUGGCCGGAGCGUUCGUAGGGUUGCCUGGCGCCGCGCCGCCGCGGUGCGCUUCCGAGAUUGGAGCGCUCGUGAGCGCCGGGCGCUGGAGGCGCGGGGCAGCCGGCUGGUGCCGGAAUACUCUGGCGGUGUGAAUGACCAGACUCGGGAAUUGGCUCGGGAUCGUGAGCUUGGAGCUUGGGGCUGGGAGUUCAACCGCUGA